AUGGAGUCGUUCCUGAAGCAACAUUCGGCUUAUGAUGUGCUGCCGGUUAGUUAUCGACAGAUUGUGUUGGACACGACUUUGCUGGUUAAGAAGGCGCUCUCGGUCUUGAUGCAGUAUAAUAUUGUCUCGGCGCCCUUGUGGGAUUCGACAAAGCGCAAGUUUGCGGGAAUGUUGACGGCGACAGAUUUUAUCAAUUUGAUCCAGUUUUAUUACUCGCAUUCAUCUUACACGGCAGCCAUUCGUGAAAUGGACCAGUUCCAGAUAUCUCAACUCAGAGAUGUCGAAAAGGUCAUUGGAGUACCACCACCGGAGCUGUUCUCAUUACACCCACUUCAAUCUCUAUACGACGCCUGUCAACUCUUGGUUGAGUCGAGAGCCCACCGACUGCCGCUAGUGGAUGUGGAUUCAGAGACAGGAGAGGAAAUGAUCGUAUCGGUGCUGACACAGUAUCGGAUCCUCAAGUUUAUCGCCGUGAACUAUCAGGACGAAAAGACGUUACGGCAACCUUUAUCGGAACUCAAAAUUGGGAUCUAUACGGACCUGGCUGUCGCUGAUCUGUCAACGCCUGUGAUGUCCGUGAUUGACAUGUUUGUGAAGCGGAGGAUAUCCUCGGUCCCGAUCGUGGAUGAGGAAGGCGUCGUGUUGAACGUCUUUGAGACGGUGGAUGUCAUGACAUUAGUCAAGGCGGGCGUAUACAGAGAUUUGGACCUUUGCGUCGCAGAAGCAUUGCUCCGUCGACCGGAUGAUUUCGCGGGCGUCCACACAUGUACUCUGAACGAUAGUCUCUCGUCGAUCUUUGGGACGAUCCGCAAAUCACAAGUUCAUCGGUUGAUUGUGGUCGAUAGCGGGAACAAACUGAAGGGCAUCGUCAGUCUGUCGGAUAUUAUGCGAUACCUGAUUGGAGGUACGCCAGAGCCGAAGGCUGAGAAGACAGAAAAGAGGAUAUCCGACGAGGGAGCUGCGGAUGAUGUCGCAGCAGUGGAGGGAGAUUCACUUAAGGAAGCGUCCUCGGACGAUAAUAAUGAAGCAUAA